UAUGUUAAAUACAUCACCUCAUAUCAAAUCUGAUAAACCAUAUCAACAAAGUCCUUAAUAUAAGAAACCCCAUCCUUAUAAUCCUGAGGCUAGCAUAUCUCUUAAAAACUCAAUCAAUUUGAAAGGUAUCUGGUAAAAAAUAUAAUUAAGAUUUUUAAUUCAACGAAGAAUUAGAAUACUAUAAGAAUAGAUCAGCUGAUCUUGAACAAUAUGCAAGAUAACUAAAAAAUGAAUUGGAUACUACAAUAAUUCGAAUGAGUAAAUAGGGAGCUUUGGAUGAGAAGGCAGAGUUAAUGAUACAUUAGAAUUAGAUGUUAAGUUAAGACAUAGACAAAUUAUAAAAGAAUUUUGCAUAAAAGAAGACUGAGUGUGAAUUAUGGAAAUCAAAAUAUGAAUAACAAUUAAAUAGUGCUGUUUAAUGUAUAUAGAUUAUUUUUAAAUAUAUAUAGUAAAGGCUCAAUAUGAAUUAGAUUUACGUAAGUUAAGUAAUGAAUUAAAAAUGUUAGAGGAAAGAAAUGCUAUUCUUGAGAAGGAAAGAUCACAUGAAGUUGAAGCAACAAAAACUAACUUCUCAAGUAAAAUUAUUUUAAUAAUUAUUUCAGUUUAAAAUGAAUAAUAAAGACAUAGUUAUCUUACUUAAAUUGAUCUACUUGAAAAUCAAUUAAGAAAAUUGAGAGAAUAUGCUGAAAUAAGAGAUAAAGAAAUAUAUGAAUUAGAAACUAAAUUAACUAAAGUUUUGUAAGAUAGAGAAUAUGUUGAAACUAAAUUACUUAAAGAUAAUGAUUUAUAUAGAAUUAAAUUAUAAGAAUAAGAGAGGGAUAAUUAAAUAGAAAUGAAUAAUCUUAGAUAAAAAUUAGAUAUAUUAAAUUAAGGAUAAUUGGAUAAUAUUAAAAAUCAAUAUAUGGCAUAGUCUGAAAUUUUAGAUGAUGAAAUAGAAAAAUUGAAAGGUCUUUUAGAUAUUAAGAAUGAAGAAAUUAAAACACUAAUAGAUUAAAAUGAAAGAUUAAGAACUAAUUAUGAAAAAGAAAUAGAAACAAUUACUUUAUAAUUCCAUGUUCUAAAAGAAAAAAUGUUUGAAAAUGAAUAAAGAUUUUAAGAGGAAUCUCAAUAAAUGGAAAAUAAUUUAAGAAGUUAACAUGAGAUAGGUGUAGAAACCUUAUAAUCACAUCAUUAAAAUUCUUGUUAAAUUCUUGAAAAUUAAAUUAUUCAUUUAAAAGGUUAAGUUUUAGAAUAAACAAAAUAAUUAGAGGAAUUGUAAAAAAUAAGAUAAUAAUUACUAUAAAAUAAUUUAUAGGAUUAAGAAAAUUCAUAAAAUAUUAUAAACAAUUUAAAAAAAGAAGUAUUUAUUAUUAAUAAUAAUUUCUUAGAUUUUAGAUUAAUAAAAUAGAUAUCAAGAUUAAAUAUUAUAAAAUUAUCAAGAUUAUGAUUUAUAAAAGAAAGAAUUAUUGAACUAUAAUCAAUAACAAUAAGAAUUUAAUUAAUAGUUAUAACAAUAGAUCUAAAAUCUUAAUUAGAUUAUUGAAUUAAAAGAAUAAUAAUAUGAAACAACACUUGUAUAAUUCAAGAAUAUGAAUGAUCAAUUAAUUGUAUUCAAUUUUAUUAUUAUCAUUAGAAUAAACUAAAUGAUUUAUAUAGAGAUAAUGAAUAAACCAAAUCAAAAUUCAAUGUAACAGUAUCUGAACAAGAAGAUUAAUUAAAUAGAUAAUUAAAAUAAAUUAAACAACAAGAACAUAAAAUAUAAUAAAUGUCAUCAACAUUUUAAAGAGAUAAAUAAAAUGCUGAGAGAUAAAUUACUAACUUAUAAAAUUAAAAUAGAUAAAAAGAUUAACAAAUAACAGAAUUAAAAGCAUAAUUAAAAGCUGCUGAAGAAAAUUUCGAAAAAAUAGAUAAUGAAUUAUAAGAAACUAAAAAUACACUAUAAAGUUAAUUCGAAGAAUAAAAAUAUAAUUAUGAAUAAUAAAUAGAGUAAAUUUAAAUUUAACAAAAUGAAGAUUUAAUGAGUACUAAGAAAAUUUUAGAUGAAAAAGAAAACUCAUUAAAUUAAGAACUUAUUAAAUUAAAAGGAAAUUUAUAAACUUAAUAAUUACUAAAUUAAGAAUUGAGCUUAAAGUAUUUUUAAUUAUUUAUAUUUUUAGAUUAGAUUAAUUUGGUUAAUAAAUUUAAAAUGUUGUGAACAAAUCGGAUGUUUUUAAACAAUACGAAGUUUUAUCAGAAAUCAAUCUAAUAAAUAGAUUAGGAAAUUGA